GAACGUGAUGCCCAAGACGCUGGAUGGCCAGAUCACCAUGGAGAAGACCCCCAGCUACUUCGUGACCAACGAGGCCCCCAGGCGCAUUCACUCCAUGGCCAAGGACACGAAGCUGAUCGUGGUGGUGAGGAACCCGGUCACCCGCGCCAUCUCAGACUACACGCAGACGCUGUCCAAGAAGCCGGAGAUCCCCACCUUCGAGGUGCUGGCCUUCAAGAAUCGGACCCUGGGGCUGAUCGAUGCCUCCUGGAGCGCCAUCCGCAUCGGGAUCUACGCCCUGCACUUAGAGAACUGGCUCCAGUACUUCCCCCUCUCCCAAAUCCUUUUUGUCAGUGGAGAGAGGCUCAUCACUGACCCGGCCGGGGAAAUGGCCAAGGUCCAGGACUUCUUAGGCCUCAAGAGGAUUGUGACAGAGAAACAUUUCUAUUUUAAUAAAACCAAGGGGUUCCCUUGUCUAAAGAAGCCGGAGGACAGCAGCGCUCCCCGAUGCUUGGGCAAGUCCAAGGGUCGAACUCACCCCAAAAUAGACCCAGACGUCAUCCACAGACUGCGGAAGUUUUACAAACCCUUCAAUGUCAUGUUUUACCAAAUGACAGGCCAGGAUUUCCAGUGGGAGCAGGAAGAGAGUGAAAAGUAG